UUUUUUAAUUAAAAAAAAAAAAAAGAAAUGCACUGUAUUUAGCCUUAAUUUCAUCUAGUAAUUCAGUUAUCUAACUCCAUUUCACUAAGAAAAUGUUCCUGAUAAGGCUGUCUAAAGUUGCUAUCAACAAGAAUACCUAAAAAUACCAGAAAUUUCUAUAUGAUUAAGAAUAAAAACAAAACUUUUCUUGUACAACUUUAGACCAUUUAGACCAAGUUGUUGGUAACAUUUCCUUAGUGAGAUAAAGUAAUGUAGCUGAAAUACCCAAUUAAAUUGAACCUGCAUGCAGUACAUUUUCAUUAAUACUUCCUAUAUUUGUAAUCAGAAAUUUAACAAAAUAUCUUGGGAUUGAAGGUAGUACAUACAGCCCCUUGAUUUGAAAAGCACAGUAAUUGGAGCUAUGUUUCAUAAAGUUUAAAUUUGAAAGGACCCUUAAAAUCGCCUUAUCUAAUUCCUUCCUGGUGCAAGAAUCUACAAGCAUCUUUGACAAGUAUUUUCUGUCUUUGUUAAAUGAUGGCAUUGACAAGAAGGCUAUUUUCCUUCAUAAGGCCACCUUUUUCAUUGGGUAAUUCUCAUUGUUAAAAACUCUCUUGUUUUAGGUCUUUGUUUUGGCAGCUUGCUCAUUCUUUUGGUGAAUGUAUUUUGAGCAUCUGUUAUAUGUUAGGCACUGGAGAUGCAAAGGGGACUCUCCUUGCCCUUCAGGAGCGCACAGUCUUGUGAGAGAUAGGCCCAAAAAACCGGGUGCUGUUGAUGGGUAAAAGUGGGUCUGGUAAGACCAGCAUGAGAUCUAUUAUCUUUGCAAAUUAUAUUGCCAGAGACACACGUCGCCUUGGUGCAACAAUUGAUGUAGAACAUUCUCAUGUUCGGUUUCUGGGAAACCUGGUAUUGAACCUGUGGGACUGUGGUGGAUAUUCUUUUCCUACCAGACAAGACACUUUCAUGGAAAAUUAUUUCACUAGCCAGCGGGACAACAUCUUCCGAAAUGUGGAGGUUCUGAUUUAUGUCUUUGAUGUGGAGAGCCGUGAACUGGAAAAGGACAUGCAUUAUUACCAAUCAUGCCUGGAGGCCAUUUUGCAGAACUCUCCAGAUGCCAAAAUCUUUUGCUUGGUGCACAAAAUGGAUCUGGUACAGGAGGAUCAACGGGACCUGAUUUUUAAAGAGCGAGAAGAAGAUCUGAGGCGUUUGUCUCGUCCAUUGGAAUGUUCUUGUUUCCGAACGUCUAUCUGGGAUGAAACUCUCUAUAAGGCUUGGUCCAGCAUUGUUUAUCAGCUGAUUCCCAAUGUUCAGCAACUGGAAAUGAACCUAAGGAAUUUUGCUGAAAUUAUUGAGGCUGAUGAAGUGCUUCUAUUUGAGAGAGCUACUUUUCUGGUAAUUUCUCACUAUCAAUGUAAAGAGCAGCGUGAUGCCCACAGAUUUGAGAAAAUCAGCAAUAUUAUUAAGCAGUUCAAGCUUAGCUGCAGCAAGCUUGCUGCUUCUUUCCAGAGCAUGGAAGUCAGGAACUCUAACUUUGCUGCUUUCAUUGACAUUUUUACAUCCAACACUUAUGUGAUGGUUGUGAUGUCUGAUCCAUCCAUUCCUUCCGCAGCUACUCUGAUCAAUAUCCGCAAUGCCAGGAAACACUUUGAAAAGCUGGAAAGAGUGGAUGGACCAAAGCAGUGUCUUCUCAUGCGCUGAAAUUGCCAAAUGUUGUUUCA